AUGAGGUGCAUGAGGCUGAACGCCAACCAAGCCCCACAACCCCACCACUCCACCAGAGCACAACGGCCGUCUCCCAUCCCAUCCCAUCCCGUCCCACAUCCACCAGCCCGCUCCGUCGCCGCCGCCAUGUCGAGCCUCUCCGCAGCCUACGCCUCGCCCAGUGGCACCCUCGUCUUCUCCGCCCAGCUGCCCGCAGUCUCGUCGUCUCCACCCACCAGCGACCGCGUUGCCCAUCUCGGCGACCGCGUUGCCCAUCUCGGCGACCUGCAAGCCGGCCUCAAGACCCUGCAGACCGAUAUCAACGCCUUCCUGACCCAGAAGAUGGCCGACGACAGCGCUGGUGAUUCGAGGGAAGAGGAUAACUACGGCGAGGAAGUCGUCGACGAGGACUGA